AUGUCAAGACCGACUCGACAAUUGUCGCUCCAGCCACGUCCGACCCAACGAACGCAAAUCCGACGACAGAAAUCGGCAGAUGGAACCGGAUCAGGAGCCACCAUUUACGACGCUAAUCAGCGCGGGAAGAAACCGUGGCCUGCUGAGAGGCCCAAAGUAAGAAUCGCGUGGUCAUCUUCAGGACUGGAUGAAACCAAAGUAGAGGUAGUCGCAUCGCGAAUCGGAACAUCAGCGAAAACCCGCGGAUUGUCCAAUUCCUCGCUGAUGAAUUCCGACAAGGCGACUAUUCUGUACUCGCGCCAGGAGCUGGCCGAGAGAUUGCGUCUUGCGUGGAAGCAGAGAGAGGCCAACAAGUCGAACAUAGACAUUUUCCUGGCCCACGAAACGAUUGAUGAGUCUUCGCGCUGCGACUCGAGAUUGUCAACGAUAAGCUGCGAUGUUAUGAAAACUGACCAGGAUAUUUUCACUCUUGGAAUCUCUCCUGAUUCCUCGGUCGACUGCGAAGAGCCGGAAGGUGUUGAUGGCUGCAAGGAGAAGCUGCUGGACGCCAGAGCUAAAAGAGCUUCUUUCCAAUCCGGGACAAAUGUCGCUUUUAUGGGACCAAUCAAUAAACUCAUCAAGGAAGGAUCAUCAGACAGAAUUUUGGAGAAAAAGGAACGCGCUGUUACGCCAGAUUGUAAGGUCAAUAAAAGGACGAACUCUGCACCUCCCUCAUCUCAAAGACGAGGAUCUCCAAUUACUCUGGGACACUUGGGUGCAGGUCGUCCAAAAGUUAACAUUGUGAUAGACACUCCGAAGAUUUCACGCCCGAAAGAUGCAGCUAGAAUUGACAGAAAGGACACUGGACAAAAAGCUCCAAGCCUUUAUGAAGAGUCCAAAAGUGUCUCGCCCAAUUCCAGCUCUGGGGAGAAAAUCCAGGGGAAGUUCGUGACCAAAAAGCGGGCCAGAACUGGAAAACGGAGAGUUGAAGAGUCUGGGGCGAAGAAAAGCGAAUGUAAGCAGAAUCCUGAUGUGAUUACUAUGGUGUCGUUGGUCAGUGACGCUGACAGCGACUCUGAGGUUGAGAAGAACUCUCCAAGGGAUGACAAACUGGUGAGACAGCUUCGCAGCAAUUUACCUACCACGCCGAUAAUCAAGAGCUGCUCAUCUUUGAUGAUCAACACUGAGAGUCUGAGCGUUUUUUCUGUUUCUUUUCAGCAAGACUCGAUCGACGGGGACCUGAUUCGUCCGAGAAGUGAAGAUAAGAAGACGACUUUUUACAACGAAAGCCUUUCUCGGGUGAGCGUUAACCAGCCAGAGCUUGGUGCGACUCGUACUUCGCCACUCGAUGAAAUGAAGCGUCCGUGGCUUGAAAUAGCUUCUUCUGAGCUGGCGACAUCUGCCGUCUUCUGGAAGUCCUCCGAAGAGGAUUGUCCUCUGACGGACAGAGAGAAGAGAUGUUUAGUGGUCCCCAUCGGCGACCCGCAGGACAAAAAAAGAAAGCUGCUGUUGCAACGCACCAAAAGUGUGCCAUGUCGAACGAACGAUGAAAACCAAUUGGCAAUGCAAAUCGAGGCUAAGGAGCCCGCGGUUACUACUGAUAAACAAACAGAGUUGUCUUCCAUUCAGCGAACUGAUACCGCCGUUUUUCCUCAGACUAUUUCUAAAAUUAUACAGAGGAGUAGCUUCGACGAGAGAACUAUUGACAUAAGAAUGGAGAAUGAAAGUCAGGCAGAGCCCGUCUUGGGGACUACCAAAGAAAAGGAAUGCUGGCAUCUUUAUAGAAGGAUGUGCGAUAAAGGAGUCUGUGUUUCAUUUGAUACCGUUCUGAGGGGAAUGCUUACACCAACGGAAUACAGAUUGAGAAGAAGAGAAAUCACAUAG